CGUAUACACAUUUACACAGGAAACUCUUUCUCUCAGCUAAGGGACGUUGCAAGAUGAACUUCCAACUUGCUCUGGGUUUUUUGUGUCUCUACAUUGGUUUAACUGCAUCGCAAGAACCUGAAUGUGUAUACACAUAUGUAGGGGAUUCCUAUAAGAUUAUAUUGAAUUCACCUCAACAAGAUGGAGAUACGCUGCUCUGGAAAUGUGAUGACAAGAUCAUUUAUCAACGGAGGAGGGGAAAGGUUGAUCCAGCUGCAAUUGUGGAUGUCCAAGGCUCCCUUACUCUGACAAAUAUUUCCAAGUCAAUGGCUUGUACAUAUAAAGCUGAACACCAUAAUAAAAAUGGGAAAUUAAUUAAAGUACACUCUGAGAGUAUUUGUGUGUUCUCCAGGAUUCCAGACCCAAAGUUGGAGGUGGAAUGUUCCCCAUCAGGUGUGGUGACCCUCCAGUGUGGUCCUAAGAACCUUCCUGAGGGCAUCACACUGACAUGGUUCCACAACGACACUGAGAUGAAAAAUGAGAAGUCUAAUCCUCUAAAACCUCUGAGGCCUGGAGUAAAGGAUCGCUACAAAUGUAGUUUAAGUAAUAGUCACGACACGGAAGACAGUAAAGAAGAAACAGUAUCAUGUGAAGUCCCUGAACCUGAAUGUGUAAACAAAUAUGUAGGGGAAUCCUAUACGAUUAUAUUGAAUUCACCUCAACAAGAUGGAGAUAUGCUGCUCUGGAAAUGUGAUGACAUGGUCAUUUAUAAACGGAUGAAGGGAACGAUUGAUCCAGCUGCAGAUGUGGAUGACCAAGGCUCCCUUACUCUGACAAAUAUCUCCAUGUCAAUGGCCUGUACAUACAAAGCUGAACAUCAGGAUGGCAAUGGAAAGCUACUUGAAAGACAUGUUGCAAGACUCUGUGUCUUCUCCAGGACUCCAGAACCAAAGGAAGUGGAAUAUUCAUCAGCCAGGACUCCAGACCCAAAGGAAGUGAAAUAUUCAUCAGGUUCCGACACUUCGGAUAACAAGUUGAUCUGCUUUACUAUACUGGCUGUUGUGGGCUUUCUGCUACUGGUUUGAACUCUGUUGCUGGUGGUCCGCUGCAAGAACUGUCUCCGGCAAAAGAGGAAACGUGAUGAGCGCAGGCCUGUAGCCUGCUUUGAGGUCAGCGAGGUGCAGACCUCUGAAAAUUGCUGAGAUUUAGAUCAAAUGGGAAGCUAAAUGGUAAACAAAAUAAUAAUAAUAAUAAUAAUAAUAAUAAUAAUAAUAAAGAUGUUGAAAAUGUAUCAGUGGCAAGUACAUUCUAGCUUAGUUCAAUAGGGUUUAUGUGGAACUUUCUUCCGGGUUCUACAAAACAUAAUGAUCGAAUUCCGGUCGUUCGUUAACGCAGCGUGUUAUGCUACCUUGUACAGCCGGUGUUUACAGGAGCUAUCAUUAAUAACUAUUUCAGAUGUAUAUCGUAUUGCCAAAACAGACGUCCAUAGCUCCGGGUACUUUUUACAAAUAUAUUGUACUUUAUUGUAUACUUUUCCGAGUUUAUUCAUAAUUAUGAAGGUAUGUAGCAUAUGUAACUAACGUUUUCUCCUACCAUUAUUAAUGUCUGCUGUAUGCACGUUUGUGUGUGAGUGUGUGUGUGUGUGUGUGUCAGUAUGAGCAUAAGCACUCAGUUUUAUUGACAGAGGCUCAACUCAUAAGCGCACUUCAGUGAAAGCAAUUGGGAUUUAUACAGAUGGUGUGCUUAUGAUGCAGUGUGAGAGAGUUGAAUGGCAGCUUUAUUGUAAAAUGAAAUGGAAGUUUAAUAAACACAUUUUCUUCA